UGAACCGACAGCAAAUGUUCUAAAACAGACAAAAAAGGAACCUAUUUGUAGUUUAUUGGAGCACACCGCCUGACAAUAUCCUAGGCUUAUUUCUGUCUGAAAUAUAUAACAAACAACUCAUAGCCUUUGCGACUGGCGGAAGUUUGGAAACUGAUUACAAGCUCAGCGUAGAGUACUAUAAAGAACCCUUUAAGGUACGUUGAAAUAAUGACAUUAUAGCUCGCUCUGUUAAGAGUAGUUCUUGGAUUUAAACGUGGAAACAAAGAAAAAGAAUCAGACGCAGCUAUCAGUAAAAUUAAUUGCAGAGGGUCUGGGGCAAUUAUUAAUUUCAAGAAGCGACUGAUAGCUCCAAAGAAUUGGUAAGGCUGAUUGCACGUGAACAUAUUUCCAAAUCUAAACACAGGAAGGUGAUCCUCGAGAUUAUUAUUAUGCCCAAGCAACUUGAUGGUUCCUAUUCGAAUGUCUUGAAAAUUUCAAUGCUCCUCUUCAUGCGUUGCAGUGAAAUAUGAUUUGUAGCAUUCGCUAUUCCGGUUGCAUUCUGAGAAAGGACAUAGAGCAGGCACGAUACGACAAUACAAACAUGAGUCAUACUUGAUACGUAAUUCAGAUAUGGUUAUUAAAGGUGUUCGCAACAUCUAAUUUCAAGUAAAAUUGAACCUUGAAGAGCUUUCUUUUACUCUCCAGUGUACUUUCGUACAUUUACAUGCUUGCAGUUGCCAGGCAGCUGCCGAAAGUCAACUAUCAUUGUUGCCGCUAGCACGCGCUGUCAGUCUUGACCUCUCAGGUAUGAAUGACGACGGCGUCUAAUUGAGAACCGCCAAACUUUACGUCUGAUUUAAGCCGGCACAAUAUUAGAUUCCCGAACUUAAUAAACAAUUAAGUCAAUUAAUCAGUUCACCGGGACGCAGUAGCGUUGGUAUUCAACCGUGUAAUACGAGAUUUGUUGUUAAAUAAAUGUAUUAAAGCGAGGCCUCCAUUACACAACAAAGCCCUCUCUUAUCAACUUGUAGUUUAUUGUCAACGCAAGUAUGCAAUAUUGCGAUAUCAGUUAUUGCUGUAGACAAUCUAAUAUGCAAAUCUGCGGUGAACUCAGUUCCAUAAAUAAAGUAUCAAUGUUUUGUUUUACAACAGGGAAAACUUAGACGCAUCGGAACAUGAAGAUGAAAACUCUUAUAAUUUACGUUUUGGCCACACUUUUGACAACAGAAAUGAUACAAUUCCCGAACACAGCACAUGCUGCCCCGAGUCAACGAAAUUUCAAGAGCGAAGAUGGUAAGAUGAUGCAUCAUUUGUAAUAUUGAGCAACGUCUAGCCUUCCUAAUUUACUCGGUAGGAAAUUUUGCUUUUAAUUAAUGCCAUUUUGGUGUUGAGGAUUUACAUACUUACUAUACUCCUUACAAGUGAAUCGUCAAGGGUAUCACUGAACUAUGAGUACGUGAGAAGCCUGCAGUUUUAAUUCAUCAUAGUUCUUUUAGCACCGCAGAUAUUCUUCAAAGAUAUCGAGUAAACUAAAUAGCACAUUAGAACAACUUUUUUUCAGUGAGAAUAACCAGCAAAAAUAAAACGACCAUCAUAUAUUUGCUGCGGUUUUAAGCCUUCAUGACUAAAAGUCGAGACAUCUCAAUUUGUUCCACACAUCACUCAUCAGUCUCGAUAGUUUUGUUAUGCACUGGAGUUCUUGUUUUUUUUUGUUUUGUUUUUUUUUAAGCCACUAAUUGAUGUAGUACCUCAUCAUAUCACGCCAUUCGCGUAUGGUUUUCUUUCGGAAGUACUUCUAGCGUGUUGAACAACUCCGCUGUCAAAUUUAGUAGUGAGAUCAAUUUUAAUCUGUCACCCCCGUAAACCACUUAGUUUCUGAUGGAUUUGUGUGGAAUCUGACUCCAAACUUCCGAAAGAUAGCCCAUGGUCAUUGGUAACUUGUGUGUCUUCUCGACAUUGAUUGCGGUGACCUUUCAACACACGCAUUCACUUUGAAGGAUGUCAGUCUCAGCUGUAUACAACUAGAACUUCCUAUUGCCUAAAAUUUUACUGCUCGAUACAACCGUAUAAUAACAGUGGGCAAUAUCGGCAUUUUCAAGAGACAUGUUUAUAUCGGACAUUUGUUCUGACAUGACUAAUUUGUCUCACGCAAGAUAUUACUUUUCAAUUUGAUCAGCAGAGGGUACUGAUUAAAUUCAGAAACCGUAUCUUCCAUUGUUCACCUCGAAAAACAAAAAAGCAAGAUCCGAAGAGAAAUUGAUGAAGGAGUUUACAACAACGAUGAGUUACAAAUAUAAAAAAAUUAAAAAGAUAAACAUUCUUAAAAGGAGUGAGAGAAUCAACACGCAAAAGAAAACAUAAGAUUCUUCUGAAGAGGGACGAAACGCAUCGUGGCAUACACAAGCACGUGCGUUUUCCGCGUUUGACGCCGCUGGCGGAAAGUCAACGCUAUAAUUCUGAUUGUUUUAUUGACUCCAGCUGCGUCUGCUCAUAUUUCAUGAACCAAAUCGAAAAAGACAUCAAAAGUCAGGGACAGAUUUUGAGGGACAUGAAGUCAAUUUUUUAGCGCAACAUAAGCGAGUAUUUGCUUCGCCGCCUCACCGACCUCAGACAAUUCACCGGUGAAAUACUAAACACUGUUUUUUUUUUUUCUCACUACUCAGAGAUAAUAGAAGGUGACAUAUUAGUGACCGAACCUCUCCGACGUGCCAUGAAGGCGGGCAACUCAAGGACCAGACGUGACAUUGUUAGCAACAAGAUCAAAAGAUGGCCGGAUGGCGUAGUGCCAUACAAAUUAGAUUCUAGCCUAAGUAAGUGUCUUUGUGUCAUGCUGCGUCAGAUAGCGGCAGUCAACCACGAAGACUGAGUGGCCGCGCCUCCGAAGAGUCGGCCUAAUAGUCGAGGUUGUCCUAAUUUCCUUUAACCUGCUUUUUUUUUCAGGUAAAGAAGCUAUCAAGGCAAUUAAGGUAGCUAUACGUGAGUUCCACAGAAGGACUUGUGUAAAAUUCGUCCUUCACACCAACGAACAGGACUAUCUGGAAUUCCAAGGAAGUUACGGGUUAGACACAUUUCUACAGACUUCUUGAGGCAAAUAAUUGCAAAAUCAAAGUUUCCCAACUGACAUAAUUCUGGGCUAUGACUCAAAGCUACAAGUCGAACCCAGACCCUUGAUACGAAAUCGCAGAGCGUUUUCCCUUGAGCUAAUUCGUACAAUUUCUCCACGUUUUAGCUGCUUCUCAGCCAUUGGCCGUCAGGGUGGAAAGCAGCGACUCUCUGUCGGUGAAGGAUGCGAAUAUAAGGGAACAGUCCUGCACGAGAUCAUGCAUGCUCUGGGAUUCUUUCACGAACACUCUCGUACUGACAGGGACGACUAUAUCAUGGUUCUAUGGUGGAACAUUGAGCCAGGUAUUUUCGUAAAUAAACCAAGUUUAAUAUGUUUUGGGCCGUUCCAGGAAACGUAGGUGUUGGGCACGAAUGUCGAGGCUUGCUACUGGUAAACCACGCAGAAAGAAUGACGUGAAGUGACAAGCUUAUUGUUUUGACGCAUUUUUGUUGUCGAUGUUAAUGGUUUUACACCAAGUCACAGUGUACACCUUGGGAAGAAAAAAAUUAGCGUUAGCCUCGACUUGAUGUACUCGACCCAGUUUACUAGCUCCGUUCAAACAGAUCCACUCUGGUGAAUCAACCCUUUCACCCACUGACCAAGAAAGAACUUCUACUCUCAAUAUCCAUGUAUUUUCAAUCACGACGUUGAUGAAUAUCAACCGGAGGGUUAUCCUUGACUUCACUACAAAUUCUCAGAACUAAAAUAAUACGAAAUGUACUACAGACAAUGCAAAGAACUGGAAUAUAGACUGUGAAACGGUUAACAUACAGCAAUAAUCUGACAUCUGACACCUUAAGCAUUAUUUACUUAUUUAUUUAUGGGGGCAUCCUAAUGAAAAGACUUGGGGGGGAGGGGAGGGAAGGGUAUUAACUGGAAUAUUAAAGACCAAGUGGAUACGUUGUGACACACGAGAGGUUGCUUGUCCAGAUUCCCAUGGCGUCAGCAUCCAUCUGUUAAAUUCUAAUGAUGUGUGGGUUUCAUUUCUCGAAGGAUUCGAAAAGAAUUUCGAAAGUUACGGUCCUGAACGACUUGACAGUGUCGGAGAACCGUACGACUUCGACAGUCUUAUGCACUACGACAACCAAGCUUCCAGCAAGAACGGCCAAAACACACUGGAGUCUUUAGCGGAUCCCAACAGAUCCUUGGGGAAUAUGGAUGAUUUUCGCAAAAUUGACAUAAAACAGCUGUUAAAGAGUUACCCCUGCAAGGCUUGGGAUAAGAAACCAAAAGACAAGAAAAAGGAGAGAUCACCAGAGAGUAAGAGCGUUUUUUUAAUAUACCGUCCGACAGGGUUUAACUGCACUACACGAGCUAACUCUCCUCUCUGUCAGCUAUCCGACUCAUCUUUGCCGCAAAAAAAGAAAAAUUAUAAUGUACCAAAAGUUAAUCUGUAUAUUGUUUGCUAAUUUGUAAAAUAAACAGUCGUAGUGGGACGGAUCCAACGGAAAUUACAAUGUUUGCUGUCCCCUGUAUGAAAUAUUCUGUUCAAUUGAGUAUACAGAGUAACCUUGGAUUCCGUUGGUUUUAUUUUAACUUUGCUCUCUGAUUGGCUCAAGAAACACGCUCCACCCUCUCAACCAAACAAAAUUAGGUCUUAGACAUUUCAUUAACCGCGUUUUCCCACGCUUCAGGCGGUUUACUUGUUUUACUCCGUGUUCUCAUUGGCUUCUUCCGAUAUUUUCCUUUGUUCUGAUUGGCCGUAAGGAUAAGUUGUGGUUUUAAUUUUACAACACUGAAAUAAAAUGCCCUCUUAUUAGAAAGAGAGUUGACGGGUCAUUUCUCUUCCAGGUAAAUGCCUUGAUGUCUAUCAAAACAGAUGUAAAUAUUUCGCAUCUUACGAUGGAUAUUGCCAACAUUGGAAGUCGUUCAUGAAAAAGUGGUGUCCCUAUUCCUGUGGCUACUGUAAAACAGAGUCGCCUGGUGAGUUGAAUUGCAGUUUUACCCUAUCAAAUAUCGUCUAAUUAUAGCUUGUGAACAAUCCUUAAUUUGUGUUUUCAAUGUACUGCCUUUUCAAGGAGAACUCAUCUUCUUUUGUCGAUAUUGCCAAAGCUGAUGGCUUUAACAACCAGUAUGAGACAAUCUAGGACUUCGUCGACCGCAUGGAGUUGCAAUUGCAGAUUUAUCAAGCUGUUUUAAAGCUUACCACAUACAAAGUAAAAAGCCUGACUCAGUAUCGAAUUCUAUAAAGCUCAGUAAAUUACGCUCACGAGAUCCAGAGGCCUGGGAUUAAAUUCUUUCCAGAGAGACAAACCUUUUUUGCUGUUGUUUUCUGUCCCCGCUCCUAAGAAAAUGAAUAAAAUCUUUCUAUCCUGUUUCAAAAUACGCGGAAAAAACUUGUCUGAUUAUUUCCUCAGUCGAAAAAUCACUUUUGAUUUAGGAAAUAUAAACAUUUCUCCCGCAAGUUCCAGAAAGUUUCUAACUGACAAUUAACCCCACUGAAUUUUAGAUGUUCAUGUACUUUAAUAAAAGAAAGGGAAGAGCUAAGCUUAUUCUUUUUUUUUCAAUUCUUUUCACUCACAGAUAAAAGGCUGAAUAUAUGGAAAGGAGAAAAUGACACAAAGUGAAAGGCUCACUGGUUAGAGUGCAUUUCCAUUAGGUGUCGCGAAACCAACUCAAAGUGAUCACCACAGUCGAACAGAAAAAAGAAACUACCACAAGGGGCCCUGGAGAACGCAAAGGAAAAACAAAAAAAAUGCCUGACGCGCGGGAAACGCGAGUGACGCAAGUGCGAUUAGUUUUGGUUUUGCGUCUGAUUGGUCGAGAGGUUGGCGCGAGUUUCCUGGACCAAUCACAGAAUGUCUGAAACGUCAUCAGCACUGUAUAUCUAGCAAAAAUUUUACUCGAGCAAAUAAGAACCAACCAAACUAGCAGAGUUUUAGUGAUUGUCUUUCGUUAUAAAAAAAAUAAAUAAAUAAAUAAACAACACAUCAAGAAAAUUUCAGCGUACUUAGGCUCAAUUAAUUAAUUUUUGGUUCCUGGUUCCUUAUAGUAGAGCUGCAGCAAUGAUAUAAGAUCCAAUUCUGUGCAACAUAAUCAUGGGCCUAUUUGUACAGCAUUAAAAGACAUCUCUAUAAUUCUUCAUUAUUAUUCUCCCCUUGUGACUUGUUGUUAUAUUCAUUCUAUGAAAAAAGGUUUACUUUUAUGGGAGUUUUUGAAGCCUAGCUUUCAAAUAAAUUCUCU